AGAAAAGUAACAGCGGGCGCUGUAGUAAAGGAGUUGAAUGGAAGUGCUGCCACGUACAGUCAAGUGCACUACCGACUUGGGCAGUUGGCGAAAACUCAGCGUCUUCUAUGUUCAUCAGAGGAUAAUGGAAACGUCAGCAACAAUAGCGGUGUGGAGGUUGGUGACAUUGAUGAAGACGAACCCGGCACCGAGAACGAGCCAGAUGUGGAUUCCGACGGCCUUGGGCUCCCGACCACCAGCACGCACUCGUGUGUCGAAGCUGCUGAGAAGGCGUGCAGAGAAGCGUUCUCCCAAACCUGCUCGUCACUCUCCUAAGCAGCCUCGUCAGCCCAAGCAUGACUCCCACACACCGCCAUCAUAAACAGCCGCGAAAACGCACCUAACCACUCCACCACACCGUCACCCCCCCAUGCUACACACCCAUUUGGGCAGGCCAUGAGAUCGCUUCGGUCUUUUCAGGGUCCCCCAGGUCGUUUAGGUUUCGCCUACAUUACUAACAUGAUGAGGAGGUCAGGCUUGGCAAUGUCGGCAUGGUGCUCAGAAGGACUUCGGCAAUUGCACCGGAACAUCGCUGUUAUCUUCUAGGCGAGGUACCUGUUUGCGUUACAGUUCAUAGGCAUUAUGGCGCAGAAACGAAUAACAAAGGCCGG